GUUUUCAGUCCGACGAGGCCAAGAGAGAGAGAAGAGAGGAGAGCAAGAGAGCAAAGCAAACCGUAGCCGGUUUCAUAGCGCCCCUCCCCCCGCCGCGGCUUCUCCUCCGCCUCCUCCUCGGUCAGAAUAAAGUCGCCUUCUUCCCCCUUCCCUCCUCUUCCCCUCCUCUUCUACACUCUCUUCCCCUCUGCAAUCUCCCGCAGCACCUCGCCUCGCGCCGCAGUCCCUCAAGCGCCGUGAAGCGGAGGAUUUGGCCGGCUUCUUCUCGUUUUGUUCUUUUUUGCCUGCUCGGUUUCGUUCUUCAGUCGGUCCCGAGUGAUUUUGGGUUGCUGGCGGUUUUGUGUGUGGCUGGACGGAGUGGAACUGUGUGGAGGGCGGAGGAGCCAUGGGCGGGCAGAGGGUGGAGGACGGGUCCAACCUGCAGCGCUUCCUCGACUGCACCACCCCCGCCGUCGACACGCACAUUCUCCCCAAGACGAAUGGCCGGCUGAUGACUGACGCUUGGCACCACGCCGAGAUGGACAGCGUCGAGUACUUCAAUCUCUCAGACCUCUGGGAGCAGUACUAUGAGUGGAGCGCAUACGGCGCAGGAGUUUCAGUGCAGCUCCUUGGAGGGGACAAAGUAGUCCAAUACUAUGUUCCAUACUUAUCAGGGAUACAGCUAUACACCAACAAAGUCCUGACUGUUUCUAGGAGUUUUGGUGAAGAUUAUGGCAUGGACUUCUGGAGUGAUGACGAGGACAAUGAGAAGAUGUCAAGAUCCUGGAGUUCAACAUCUGACGACUCGUUUAACUGCGACAUGGUAGCAGGGAAUAGGAGGCGUCCCGGACACUUGUAUUUUGAGUUCUUUGAAGUUUGCUCACCUUAUGGGAGGAUCCCACUCAUGGAUAAGGUAUAUGAACUAUCCCAAGGCUUUCCUGGAUUGACAUCGCUGAAGAGCGUCGAUCUAUCGCCUGCCAGCUGGAUGUCAGUUGCCUGGUAUCCUAUCUACCACAUUCCCUACCAGCGCAAUGUGAAGGACUUGUCUGCAUGCUUCCUAACUUACCAUACAAUUUCCUCCGCAUUUCAAGAUCACGCGCUCGAGUCUAUGACCUAUGGUUCAGCUGCCAGUGGGAAACAAAACGACCACCUGAACAAGAAGGCCAACGCAAUAUCGCUUCCUCCUUUUGGACUCGCAGCAAACAAAAUUCAAGGUUCUCUGUGGACCAACCCCAGGUCAGGAGAUCAUAAGAGGAUCGUCUCCCUCUUUAGCGCCGCAGAAUCCUGGCUUAAGCAGCUUGGAGUCCGGCACCAUGACUUCAACUACUUCAUCACUCACCCAAUGUGAACCUGCUGAUUGCGUGGGAGCGAAGAACCCCAUGGCUAUAGACUUGAAAUCACCGAAAUUGCUUACACCACCGACAAGGGACACAAACCGUAUAACGUGUAUCACCCUCGUAAAAGUGAGUCUUAACAUUCACAUGAUAGAUUUAUACGGCUUGAUUGCAGCAAAUACCAAAUGUAUCAGGACUUGAAAGGUUCCGUGUUUCUUGGCUGAAGAUGUAACUAAUGUGUACAGAAGUUUUGGUGCUAAUCUGAUAUCCAACUGUUGUUGUUGGAUGCAUGAAUAUUGUAGCUACCUGCCUUGCAUUGUGUACUCAAGUGGCCUAGAAAAAGAGAAUGUUUGCCCAA